UUCUCUAGGACUUCACUUCACAGUCAGUUGUGAAUGAGAAUCGAUUAGCUUCAUUCGUAUUUGCUUUUUUACUCGGGCAAUAUGAUGACUUUUUGCAGAUGUCUUGUUCUGGGCAUUUGCUGCUUUCUGGUGACCCAAGUAUCAUCCCAAGAUUGCCAAUCGGAUACGUACGACUUCCACCGUUACUACAAUGAAUCACAUUACCUGAACCUGACCACGAGGCCCAAUGAGUUGAUUGCCAAAUUUACCGUCAGCAAUGUCCGUGCGGCAAGCACCUCGAACGACUACCUCAACGUAACAGUCGAAGGUGAUCAGCUCAUUUUCUCCACUACCGAGAAAUUCGCGAACUACGAAAAGUUGGAAGUGGUACUCCGUAUGCAUUUGGAGAUAACGUAUAGCUGUACGUCAGGAACGUUUGUCGGAAGUUAUUAUCAGAAUCUCCUGGAGGCAAAUAAUCAUGCUCCGAAGUUUUCGCGGAAUCUGUACGACGUGACGGUGCCGCUGCCCUUGCCAAAAAAUUUCGACCUGAGUCCGUUCAUCGACGAUGGAAAGGGAAUUACAGCGAUAGACUACGAUCUGGUUAAUAAUACUGUUGAUUUCACGAUUGGUGAGAAUAAGUACGUGAAGGUUGAGUCGCUGCAGAUUGGUGAUAAAGAAUUUAGAGCUGUUUUACGGCUGAAGGAGCAGGUGCUGAAGCUUCCGGAAGUGGUUGAACUGAAUUUGGUGGGGACGGAUCGUGGGGUUCCGGCGAAGAACUCUUCCGCAAAAGUGGUGAUUAAUUUGGAUUCAACCAUAGAGUAUAAUGAACCGCCGGCGUUCAAGAAGACGUUCAUUACUGAGGAUUUCAAUGCUGAAGUGGGAAUUACGAUUGUGGUUGAGUUGAUUCCAGGAACUGUACAUGAAGAAGUGGAAUAUACACUAGUGGGUGAGGAUGUGAUGUUUUUCCGGAUGAGUAUUCAAGAAGAUAAGAGUAGGGCAACGGUGGUGGUGAACAAAGAACUUCAGUUGCCCAAAGAUAAGUUCUUUCUGAACGUGGUGGUGGAGGCGAAGCGAACUGAGCUGCAGAAGGCCGAGUGCGUGAUUUUGGUAGAUUUAAAGAGAUCUGGGUCCAGUGCAUCAAACGUUACUGCAGUGGAAAACACUUUGAGUGUGCUUCACCUGGAGGAAGAGCGUAUUCAUGAGCAGGUGUUUCCUAGCAGAGUGCAUGACUGUACAUAUGAAAUUAUCCACGAAUUACCCAAUCGCACCGAGAAAGUCUUCAGUGUAGACGAAUCUACCGGAUGGAUAGUGUCAUCCAAAUUUGAUAGGGAAGAUACCGAUUUGUUUGCAAGCGUUGAUCCUCCUCAGUUUCAAAUUGUGUUACAACUAAGGUGUCCAAGUUCUGCAGGUUCGACGAUUCUACCUCCGGUCUUCGUCGAUAAUAUUCCAUAUUCCAUCGAUACAACAUAUCUCAACGUGAUUGUCGAUGACAUCAACGAUCAUUCGCCAGAAUUCACGUACCCUUCGCAGGAUGAAGUUUUUGCAUUUCCCGUUGCACGGCUGUCGGAACAGUUGUUACCUUCCAAGUUGUUGCAGGUCGUAGCACAUGAUCUAGAUGCCGGCCUGAAUGCUAUUGUACGAUACACUAUUGAUGACAAUGACCACUUCGGUGUCGAUCCAAAAUCUGGCGUUGUCUACCCUCUGAAGAAUGCUCUUGUUGACGAAGAACCUGUCGAACUGGAGAUCAUCGCUACUGAUCGAGACGGUGCAGAGGAUGGCAAUGUUGCAAAGUUGAAAAUUCGAGUGGUACCAGCCCUUCCGUAUCAGAUGUCGUUUUUACAAAUGGAGAAUGUUAACGAAGAUCAACUGGCAGACAAACUUGAAACUAUCGAAUCCUUGACUUCGCUCGUUAUUCGCACUAUUACUGGGGGCUACACGUCAUUAGGUGGAUCAACGAAGAAGCAAAGAUCAUCAAAUACAGUUCAACGGUUGAUCGUAGCUGCGUUUGACGAACAGUGGGAACUUAUUUCUUCUGAAGAGUUUGCCAAGAAAAUGGAGCCUUUCGUUGACGUAUCGGUAACAGAUUUGGAAGAACCAAGCUUGCCAAACAAACAGCCCAAUACCCACGGAGAAGACGAGUGUACCGUGUAUCCUUACAUCAUAGUGAUGUCGGUUUUCAUAGUAAUGUUUGUCGCCUCCAGUGCACUAUGCGCUUACUUUUGGUUCAAGUGGCGUAUGCUGGAAACCUCUUCUCAAUCGCAGGAUCAAAGCAUUCACUCGGAUAAUGAACUGUUCGAAAACCCGUACCAUAAUGCGGGAUCUACGCCACCUGCGAAGCGAAGGGGUCUUGAUGGUGUAACCGUAGAUUAUACCACCGACAGUGUCUCCCGGUCUAACCGGUUGGUUAGAUCUCUGUCUGAUAUGAUGAUCAUUGAUGAAGAUGAUGAAAAUGGCGAGACCAACGAUGCUCCGUCCGGGAAUCCUCCCACCAACGAAGCUCGCGAACGGAGGAAAUCAAUACGAUUCAGCGAAGAUGUCGAGCGGAUUGAAGUUUUAUAGCGUUAGUACUGAACAAAGAUUUUAUUAAUAAAAAUGUACUUGUGAUAUAAUAAA